GCUACAUUAGCGCAGAGCAUUUAUAUUGAUGUCUGAUCCGAAGAAUGGUGCGACAACAGCCCGACAGGGACACUGCGAGCCAGCAGCGACAACAACCUCGCGACCACCGGGAGCAUGAUGAUGGAGCUUCCGACAGCCACGAGGGCUUGCCAAGUGAACCUGCUCCAAAGCGCCACAAACGAGGAAAAUACGUGUCAAAAGCUUGUGGCCAAUGCCAAAGGAGAAAAAUCAAAUGUGAUGGGUGCAUCCCCUGUCGACCAUGUGUUCUCAAUGGCCGAGAUUGCCUGAUGCAGACAGUCGACAUGCGGCGCCGAAGAACAACUGGGCUGACGGAAUCUGGAGUUCCCGACAGGGAGCUGGCCAAUACGGACGCUGGCUCUCAUGGUCAGGGCGAUCAACUAACUGCGAGAGACCUUGCGUCUCGACUUAGUCGGAUUGAGCAUCAACUGAGCCUAGUCUUGGAAUCAGUAGGCCGCGACAAAGAAAGCCCAGUUGACAAAGAACCAGUAAGCGAUGAAUCAACCAACCUGCGAGAAACUACCGUACGGCGGGCCAUCAAUUCCGAUGCCUCAGAUGCUGUUAGAUCACAGGUACCAGCUUUCUCUGGUGAAUCUUCUAUUAACCACACCCUGGAUCAAAUUGAGGGCUACCUGGAGCGUACGGAUGUCAGGUAUGGUCAUGCAGAGCGUCUUAUGUCCUGUCAGGCGUCAUGCACAUCUUUGACUGCGCCAAGCUCCCCGUUAGGUGGCUCUAGAGAGACGGGUGAGGCAGUCGAUAUACGAAGGAUCUUGAAUACAUAUGGCAUCCAUCCACGCAAGGAAGAAUGGGAUGGGUACAUGCACACGUUCUGCGAUGAGGUUCACAUUUUGUACCCCUUCCUUCACAUUCCAAGUCUAUGGGCCAAUUACGCAAACAUGUGGAAUUCUGGGUUUUCAUCCACGGAGCAUGAGUUUCAAAGAAGCAAGGAUUACCGGAUGAUGGUCGCUCAGGUAUGGGUUUGUAUCGCACUCGGAAGAUGUACCGAAUCACCUCGAAUAAGCAGCCAGGAGGGAAAGCACUCUGCUGGAUGGAGUAUCUUUGAGGCCGCAACGGACCUUAUUGUAGAUCUUGUAGGCUGCUUCCGGGCAUGUUCGAGACCUACGAUUACCUUGCAAACUUACGCGUUAAUGGUCGUAUACCUUUUUCGACUCGACGCUAAUGAGAGAGCGGAGAAAUUCUUAGCGCUUGCCAUCUCGCAUGCACACCACCUAGGCUUUCAUCGGUCCAAGGUCGUCCGACGUAUGCCAGUUUUCAACGAUGAGAUGAUUCGGCGACUUUGGUGGUCUCUUUAUGCGCUUGAUCGCCGACUAGCAAUUGAGACCGGCCACCCAUUCUUAAUACAAGAUGUCAAUGUCGAUGCUCCUCAUCCCCAGAAUCUAGACGAUGAAUGGCUCACCAGACACAAGGAAAGCCGCAAGACAGGCAAUGAGCUAGAAUAUGACAUCAAAGCAGCACUUUCGAACGAUCCUACCACACCAAUACCAUAUUUAUCUGCGACCAUUCGCUACUCACGGGUUGUGGGGAAAAUAUGGGAGGCAAUCUACGGCGCUAAUAUGACAGACGUCAUCCCCAGCUCAAGUCUACUGGAAUACCUAGACCAACUUAUAUCCCGCGCCCAAGUGGAAGUACGACCAGAGUUCUCUGAUAGCCACCAAUCCGAGCCUCCCAACCUUGAGCGAAGCAACCCACUUCGAUGGCUCACCAAGCAACAAAUGCUAAUGCGAAUCCGAUGGCUCUCCCUCCGCCUCCUCAUCCGCAAACCAAUCCUCCAACAACGAGCUUCACCCCAAGAAUCUAUCGCCGACAUCCUCGAAACGGAAGUCACCUGCAUCCGAAUCGCCUGCAAUAUUAUUCAGGAAUUCAAACAAAUCCCCCAAUACACGGCGUCUGCAUUCCCCUUCCUCCACUCACUAGUCGGCGCCACAGUCGUCACCCUAGGCUUGAUCAUUCGAGAGCCCUCUUUCAAGGCAAUAUACGGCAACAUAACACUCCACGCCGCAAUCUCACUCGAGAACUACUGUCGCAAGACGUGGGUCUCAGGAAAAAUGAUCCGAACAAUCCGCAGGCUAAAUCAAAUCACAUCGUCCGUUCUGUCUGAUUCCAGAAAUAGAGCGUCGAGUCGUUCCGCGCUACAGCCAUCGUCCCAGAGCCAUACCACAGAUACCAACACUGUCCCUCAGGCCACGUCAACCACCACCUGGGCAUCAUCCAUGACCCUUCCUCUUGAAAAUCCUACAAGUCACACAUCCACUCUUCAUGGUAGUUAUAUUCCAAUCUCAGCACUGACGAAUCAAAACACAACUUCCCUUACCACGACUCUUAUCCAUGCUUCACAUUCGAUAGCCCAGUCAACACAGCUUCAGCAUACCUCCGAAGCAUGGACCGUUACACCAAUGAACCUCGUGACCACGGACUUUGACUUCGAGCAGAGCCUUACUAGUGACCUUAUACCGGAUGGUCAUGUCUAUGGAUGGAUGACCGGAACACCACCAAGUGAGAUGCAGCAGGAUGGAACUGCAUAUAUGGAGAUGGGAUGGUUGGAGUCUUUGUUUGGGACUGAUCUAGGGUCUAACUUUAUGUUACCACCUGAGGGUUAGUUUAGGUCCUCCUUUCUCAAGUGCGAGGUUUGGUUUGUGUAUAGUACCUGGAGCACAUGUGUGCUUAGGUGUUGUUGGAUAGAUAUUAAUUUAUGGGGAUGACUACCUGUUCGAAUUCAG